CAAACUUUAGCAACUUGUUUUGUUGAAGAGAUGUUUCUGGUUGCUUUGAAACUCAAAGGAGUUUUUGUUUUUAAUUAUAGCAAAGAACUUAAGUUCACACCUUCAAAGACUCUCUUUGACGUCUGACGUUUUUGUUUUAGCCUUGUCAUUUUUUCCCCUUUCUCCUUUGAAAUGGAUUACUCUUCGCACAAGAUGUAUUCUGGUAUAGGCCAAGCCUAGACUAGCCUUUUCUCAUUUUGUUUAUAUUAAAUCCAGUUCAACUCUGUGCCACUGGAGGACUGUCAGUCUUUGUCAUGGGAUAAUUUCAUUUUCCUAAAGAAACUUCAAGAGCUUGAUUGAACAUUUGGAUGGCAGACCUGCGUCUUGACUCAAGGCAGAAAAAAAAGAAAUAAAAUCUGACCCGAUCUCUUAUAGCUAUCAUGGGAAAGGAGCUGGAGAGUCACUUUGAAAGAAAGUACUAGCGGUCCUCACUAAAGCUCCAAGACAAACCACAAGAAUUCAAAGCAGCACUUGGAGUUUCUCUCUGAAUCAUUGGAUACCAGACGAGCAUGAGGAACAGUUCUGUUUAUUAUCUUACCGGUAAAUGCUUAAAAGCCGGGGAAGCAUAAUGGAAAGGCUGUGUUUGUAGAUUCAGAUUAGUACUACUGGGAUUGGAUAAUCAUGGACUCUAUUAUGCUUGUCAUCACAAUAUGCACAGAAAUCAGAAUAACAUUUCAAAUUAGCUUAACCUCAGAUAGUUCAUGCAAAGUGUAAAUUUCAGAGGGUUUUAUUUACAGAAUUUGAACCAUUAAAAAGGGAAAAACGAACGGCUCUGGUGCUUAGAAAGUACUAAUUAACCUGUUUUAAUUCAAAUACGUUUUAUUUUUUGUGGUAUUUUUACAGUUUGACGAUACUAAAGUUUACAUUUGACAUCUAAAAAGACGGUUAAAAACUAAAAUAUUUGCCUCUGAGGUAGUCAGUGUAGUAAAUUAAGGAUUUAGGGACAGUAUAAUUAGACACUUGUCUCAUGACACGAGUAUACAAACACUUAUAAAAGCUGCAUGUUUAAAAUCGUGUCGUGGUUUACUGAAAGGCACGUCAAAAUUAUUUAAGUUACGUAAGACCUACCUCAAAAGAUUGCGCCUCGAAUAUUACCUUUAGGAGAGAAAGAAAAACAGAUUCACCUGAAAUUUCUUGGAAUUUACACAGUGAGGUACUUUGCGCAAUCAUCUUUUUUAUUAUUCUGACCAUAAGUUGUCUAUAUGAGUGUAUGAAAACAGUGGGUGAGGAGGUUAAAGCGCGUAUCUGACAGCAGAGCUGCUCAUUCACCUGGUGCACACGGACGCGAGCAGCGCAGCCACGCACUUUGGGGUUUGUUCCAUUGCUCAGUGCGCGCGCUCCCCGAAGACAACCGGGCGUUACAUAUCUGCGCACCCGAGCCUCUCAGCUGUCAACCGACCAUGUGGUUCAUCAAUCUGACUUUGCUCGUACUUAAACUCUUCGCGUCUGCGGAGGGAUUCUCCACGUGCCAGUCCUACAACUUGGACGACCACAAGUCCAAAAGGAUCGAGGCUGUGCGCGGGCAGAUUUUGAGCAAGCUGCGCAUUCGGAGUCCACCGGAUCCCGAAGCAAGCCCGACACCGCAGCCGGUCCCGGCGGAGGUGAUGCUGCUUUAUAACAGCACGAAGGAGCUGCUGAAGGAGCGCGCGCGCCAUGCGGAGGCCGCGUGCGAGCGGGAGAGCAGCGAGGAGGAUUAUUACGCCAAAGAGGUGCAGAGGGUCAACAUGAUGCCGCUGCGCACUGAUACCAACUCGAUCAGCCCGGGUCCUCAGAGUCCGUACUUCAGGAUAGUGGGCUUCGACGUCACCAACGUGGAGCGAAACUCCAGCACUUUGGUCAAAGCAGAAUUUCGCAUCUUCAGAGCGCCAAACCCACAGGCGCGCGCCACAGAGCAGCGAGUGGAAAUAUACCAGAUCCUGAAAUCUGAGGAUGUGACGGCCCCGUCUCAGAGGUACAUCGACUCCAGAACGGUGGAGCCUCGAGCCAAGGGAGCGUGGCUUUCUGUGGACGUCACAGAGACUGUGAAGGAGUGGAUGGCGUUUAGAGAGAGAAACCUUGGCCUGAAGAUCAGCGUUCACUGUCCCUGCUGUACUUUUGUACCUUCCACUAACAAUAUCGUUCCUAACAAGAGCGAAGAGCUGGAAGCCAGAUUUGCAGGCAUUGACGAUGAUCUUAUAAAGCAGACCAGAAAACCAGGUGUGACCAAAGGACAGAUUGAAUUCAGCACAAAAACUCCUCACCUGAUCCUAACCCUGCUGCCCACUGACCGGCUGGACAGUCCUAUCAAGAAAACUCGCAAGAAGAGAUCCGCAGCAGACACCUCCAUAUGCACACGGAAUGACCAGGGCUGCUGUCUGAGGUCUCUCUAUAUUGAUUUUCGUCGGGACUUGAACUGGAAGUGGAUCCACGAACCCAAAGGCUAUAAAGCAAAUUUCUGCGCAGGGAACUGCCCUUACCUGUGGAGUGCGGACAACCACUACAACAUGAUUCUCCCUCUGUAUAAUAAAAUGAAUCCAGAAGCAUCAGCAUCUCCGUGUUGCGUUCCUCAGGACCUGGAGCCGCUCACCAUCGUUUACUUCCUAGGCCGGACACCUCGCGUGGAACAGCUCUCCAACAUGGUGGUCCGCUCCUGUAAGUGCCGCUAAUGCAGAGGAUCUCAGACGGAGGACAGAAAACAGGUGCAUUAGAGAAGAACAAAGACAUCAUAUUGAAGAGAAUUCAGCUAAAAAUGUACUCAACGUUAGGGUUGUUGCUAUACUGGAAUUUGGUACCUAUUGAUGCUGAAGUUUUAAAAACGUCCAUUUCUCACUAACAUUUUAGCGCACGUUUAUAAACAGCGCUGAUUUGCUCAACAGAAAUGAUUGGCCGUGAAGGUCAUCAAUUCACUGAACUCACCGCUGUUUACAGAGGUAACCACAUUUACAGGGACACUGGAGCACUUUAAAGCUGCGAUUCAUUAACGGAUGUCAGCUGAUAAACAAACCAGCUGAUUGACGUGACUUUGAAAUGCUCCGGUGUCCCUGUAUCUGUGGUUACACUCAUUAAACAGCGGUGAGUUCGGUGAACUGAUGACCUUCAUGGCCAAUCACAGUCAUUUCUGUUGAGCAUGUGAACACAAUGGCAAAUCAGCGCUGUAUAAGAACGUGCUCAACAGCACCCAGAUGUUAGAGGGAAAUAGACGUUUUUAAAACAUCAGUAUCUAUUGGUACCAAAUUCCAGUCUCGUGAUGAUCAUACUCACCGUGAUGUCAUUCCAAAUUGGUGCACGCGUUUCUUUCUUCUGCUAAACAUAAGAGAAGAUAUUUGGAAGAAUGACGCAAGCCAAACUACUCCAGAGCCCAUUGACGUCAAUUGAAUGCACACAAAAAUGAAAUUCUUCUGUUCUGCCAACUCAGCAUAUUUUUAGCAAAACUAUUCCUUCAGAAAUGUACACAAGAGAAAUAUUCAUCAAGCAUCAUCAAUGCAGAGGACACAUCCAGCUUAAAUAUUAUCUUGCAUCGGCCAUAUCUUAUAAAUAAGCUUAUGUUUAACUAGUAUUCCAGUACAGUGGUCCCUCAUUUUUCGCAGGAGUUACGUUCUAAAAAGAACCCACAAUAGACGAAAUACGCAAAAUAGUCAGCUUUAUUUUUUACAAUUAUUAUAGAUGUUUUAAGGCUGUAAAACCCCUCACUAAACACUUUAUACACUUUUCUCAGACAGGCAUUGACAUUUUCACACUUCUCUCUCUUGUAUAAAAUCCUCGAAGUUCAAACUUCAGUAGUAAAAAAAGUCCAGUAUUAUAAAAUGAAACCAAAGAUCAAAACAUGUAGUCAGGCACAAACCUUCAUCGCUAUCAGCAAAAGGUUCAUAAAGCUUUUGUGUGGAUAAUUAGUCGGGAGGAUAAUAACGUUUCUUCAGACCAGGACUUACAUAAAC